CUCUUCCUCUUCCGCUGUGUCAAGAGGGCCCGGCUCCGUGCCGAGGCGGCAGCCAGUCUUACUUCUAGCACGAGGAUGCCAAAGAAGGGGAAAGGCCAGAGUAAGGAGCCAGCGAAAUCACUUCCUCCCAUUGGACCUGUUGCGGUUGAUCCGAGUGGUUCCAUCACAAUAGCCAUUCAUGCCAAACCUGGCUCCAAACAAAAUGCUAUAACAGAUGUGACAACUGAAAAUGUAAGUGUAGCCAUUGCUGCACCUCCAUCAGAAGGGGAAGCUAAUACAGAACUAUGUCGAUAUCUUUCCAAGGUCCUAGAACUUAGGAAGAGUGAUGUUAUCUUAGAUAAGGGUGGUAAAUCUCGUGAAAAAGUGGUUAAGAUCUUAGCAUCCACAACUCCGGAAGAGAUUUUGGAGAAAUUGAAAAGGCAAGCAGAAGCUCCCUAAAAUAAGCCCAAAAAGCCAGAUAUGAACAUUAUGUUUCAUGGAACCUUUUAAUACUAAAGAAGUAAAUUCAUAAAGAGAAAAAUCUAGAUAAUACUUGGAAGAUAGUGCUUUGAAGAAUAAUAGGCCUCUGAAAAUACUCUCCAUAGAAUGUUGGAAAAAUAAGUAUCAUAGCUGAUAAAUGCAAAGUAUGCUGUGCCCAAACUUCACUUACUACUGGUAAUAUCCAAUUCAAAACAUUAUAGUCCAGUUUGUAAAAUUCCAGACAGGUUUGAUACUACUAUUGGUCUACCCUAAGUUUAUCUUGUGGACUACUACUUAAAUUUUGUGGAACUAAACACUGAAAGAGUUGACAGUGGACUUCUAGUGCCAAGAUGGUGGAGGAAGAAAACCACAUUCCUCAGCCCUCCCAAAUUCCCCUCCAAAAGGCACUAAACAAAAGCCUCAUAAAAAUUUUUGGAGGAAAAAAUCCGCUUACCAGACCAGCACAGCCACAAGACCAGGUGAGAGGUUGAGAGCAGGCAGCUGCAAAGACAGAUCACUCCCUGAGGCCAGCCAGCAACUGAACUUCCCCCUCCUGGACUAAUCAAAACUGAAACUCCAUCUCUCAUGACUGGCCAACAGUGAAGCUCCACCUCUGAGCUGUCCAUCAAUGAGUUUCUGCCUCAAUAAAAACUCAUAGUGAGGACUUCCAUGACUGCAAAGCAGCAGUGAGGCAUCCUACCAUGCAAGCCAACAGCUAAAGUAAAGGGCAUGGUGCAAAUCAAAAGUAAAGCUCCAUGCCCAGUGUAUGAAAUGUGGAACAACACUCUCUUCAGUUCACAAAUAGUUCAACAUUAGUUUUUUAAAAA